AAGAAGGCACAUGAAGAAGUCUGGCUAACAGCAUUCGUUGCAUCCACCUGCAUUCCUUUCUUUUAGAAGAGAUGGUCCUGACUUUCCAGCUGUUCUUCACCUACAUCUGGAUCACGUUGAUGCUAAAUGCUUUUGCUGCUUCUAAUAUCAAGAAGCCGCAACAACGCUGCUCCUCUUCAAUGAGACAAACCCGCAAACAAGAAACUAGAAUGAAGAAAAAUGACAUUACCAAAGUGCGACCCAUGAAAUAUAAGCAACUUCUCCACAUAAAAGACCAUGAUUUUGCACUGAGACCUGGAUUUGGAGGGUCACCCGUUCCAGUAGGCAUAGAUGUCCACGUUGAAAGCAUUGACAGCAUUUCAGAGGUUAACAUGGACUUUACAAUGACUUUUUAUCUCAGGCAUUACUGGAAAGAUGAGAGGCUCUCCUUUCCUAGCACUACAAACAAAAGCAUGACGUUUGAUAAUAGAUUGAUCAAAAAGAUUUGGGUACCUGAUGUCUUUUUUGUCCAUUCUAAAAGCUCCUUCAUCCAUGAUACAACCAUGGAGAACAUCAUGCUGCGAGUGCACCCUGAUGGAAACGUCCUCUUCAGUGUCAGGAUAACAGUUUCAGCCAUGUGCUUCAUGGAUUUUAGCAGGUUUCCUCUCGACACUCAAAACUGUUCUCUUGAACUAGAAAGCUAUGCCUACAAUGAUGAGGAUCUAAUGCUAUACUGGAAACACGGGAACAAGUCAUUGAAUACUGAAGAGCAUAUUUCCCUUUCUCAGUUCUUCAUUGAGGAGUUCAGUGCAUCGAGCGGACUAGCUUUCUACAGCAGCACAGGUUGGUACAAUAGGCUUUUCAUCAACUUUGUGCUAAGGAGACAUAUUUUCUUCUUUGUACUGCAAACCUAUUUCCCAGCCAUAUUGAUGGUGAUGCUUUCAUGGGUUUCAUUUUGGAUUGACCGAAGAGCUGUUCCUGCAAGAGUUUCCCUGGGCAUCACCACGGUGCUGACCAUGUCCACGAUCCUCAGCGGUGUGAGUGCCUCCAUGCCCCAGGUGUCCUACAUCAAGGCCGUGGAUGUGUACCUGUGGGUCAGCUCCCUCUUUGUGUUCCUGUCAGUCAUUGAAUAUGCCACCGUGAAUUACCUCACCACAGUGGAAGAGCGGAAACGAUUCAAGAAGAGAGGGAAGAUUUCUGGAAUGUACAAUAUUGAAGCCGUUCAAGCCAUGGCUUUUGAUGGUUGUUACCAUGACAGUGAGACUGACAUGGACCGGACUUCCUUUUCCCCAGAAGAAGACUUCAUGAAAGGAAGAUCCACACGUAGCCCCAGCUCUGAUUCAACUCGAAUACAGAGAAGAAAAUCCCUAGGAGGACAUGUUGGUAGAGUCAUUCUAGAAAACAACCAUAUUAUUGACACCUAUUCUAGGAUUUUAUUUCCCAUUGUGUAUAUUAUAUUUAAUUUGUUCUACUGGGGUAUAUAUGUAUGA